UUCCUCUGGGGGCGGGGCAGGGCGCGGCGGAGGGGCGAUGCCGCGCCAGUGUCUGUUUGGGUUGGGGCUUGGCAGGUGCGGGGAGGCCUGCCAGCUGAUGCGGACGUCAGAGCCUGCGGGAGGCAACUGGGGGCGGCUGCUCGACUGCGGUUUGCAUCCCGGUAAGACCAUGAAUUAUGGAAUUUCUUAAAUGAAGCAUUCAGGAAUGAAAUGAAAGAAUGUCAUAUAGAAAAUAAAUGAUUUUUAAGUUAUGUCUAUUAAUUUGACUCUAGAUAUAUAUAUUUACCUCCUUAGUAAUGCAAGAAGUCUUUGUGGGAAGCAAAGAAGCAAGCAGCUGCAUUUUGUGUGCUCGCCUAAACAUUACUGGAGGAUAAGCCAUACCAGUGUACACAGAGAUUUUCAUACAAGCAAGAUAAGAUGUAAAUGGACCCAAAGUGAAGCACAUGGCAGUAAGCACUGGCACUCUCCAGGCAACCAUGGUUUACAUAUUGGAAUUUUGAAACUUAGCACUUCUGCUCCCAAGGGACUUACGAAAGUGAGCAUUCAUAUGUCCCGUAUUAAAAGUACUUUGAAUUCUGUUUCAAAGGCUAUUUUUGGUAGUCAAAAUGAAAUGAUUUCACGGUUAGCUCAAUUUAAGUCAAAUUCUCGAAUAUUAAGAAAAGUAUCAGAUAGUGGCUGGUUAAAACAAAAGUAUGUUAAACAAGCCAUCAAAUCUCUGAAAAACUAUAGUGAUAAAUCAGCGGAAAAGAAUCCUUUUGCAGAAGAGAAAAACCACAUUGUAGAUAAAGAAAAUACAGGUAAACAGAGCCUUUUUCAUUACACAUCCAGUAUAACCACAAAAUUUGGAGAAUCAUUCCACUUUUUAGCAAAUCAUAUUAAUUUAUACUUCAAGUGUAAGGAAAAAAUGUCACAAAUAAAGGAAAAUAAACAUCUUCAGGACAAACCAGAACUUGAAGAAGGGAAAUCCCGUUCUCUUGGCACUAGCAUCCAGACUGAAAGGCCAGACUCAGAGCCUUCCAUGGAUACCAGGGACAAACCUUCCAGUCCAAGCGGGGCGCCUGAGGUUCUUCCAAUUUCUGCAAAGCACAGUAUUGCCAGCUUUCUGUCUCGCCCCACUGAAGGUGUGCAAGCUUUAGUAGGUGGUUAUAUUGGUGGACUUGUGCCCAAAUUAAAGUAUGACUCAAAAAGUCAGCCAGAACAGGAAGAGCCUGCCAAAACUGAACAGACUGUCAGCAAAGACAAAAAGGCAGAGGAGAAAAAGCGUGUGUCUCUUCAGCGAGAAAAGAUUAUUGCAAGAGUAAGUAUUGAUAACAGAACUCGAGCCUUGGUCCAGGCAUUAAGAAGAACAACCGACCCAAAGCUCUGUAUUACUAGAGUUGAAGAGCUGACUUUCCAUCUUCUAGAAUUUCCUGAAGGAAAAGGAGUGGCUAUCAAGGAAAAAAUUAUUCCAUAUUUAUUGCGACUGAGACAAAUUAAGGAUGAAACUCUUCAGGCUGCAGUUAGAGAAAUUUUGGCCUUAAUUGGUUAUGUGGAUCCAGUGAAAGGGAGAGGAAUCCGAAUUCUCACAAUUGAUGGUGGAGGAACAAGAGGUGUGGUUGCUCUUCAGACACUGCGGAAAUUGGUUGAACUUACUCAGAAACCAGUUCAUCAGCUCUUUGAUUACAUUUGUGGUGUAAGCACAGGUGCCAUAUUGGCCUUUAUGCUGGGACUGUUUCAUAUGCCACUGGAUGAGUGUGAGGAACUUUAUCGAAAGUUAGGAUCAGACAUAUUUUCACAAAAUGUCAUUGUUGGGACCGUCAAAAUGAGUUGGAGCCAUGCAUUUUAUGACAGCCAAACCUGGGAAAAGAUCCUUAAGGAUAGAAUGGGAUCUGCACUAAUGAUUGAAACAGCAAGAAACCCUAUGUGUCCUAAGGUAGCUGCUGUAAGUACCAUAGUAAACAGAGGGAUAACACCCAAAGCUUUUGUCUUCAGAAACUAUGGUCAUUUUCCUGGAACCAACUCUCAUUAUUUAGGAGGCUGUCAGUACAAAAUGUGGCAAGCCAUUAGAGCCUCAUCGGCUGCUCCAGGUUACUUUGCAGAAUAUGCACUGGGAAAUGACCUUCAUCAGGAUGGAGGUUUGCUUCUGAAUAACCCUUCAGCACUGGCCAUGCAUGAGUGUAAAUGUCUCUGGCCAGAUGCCCCAUUAGAGUGCAUAGUAUCCCUGGGCACUGGACGUUAUGAUAGUGACGUCAGAAACUCGGCAACAUACACAAGCUUGAAGACCAAACUUUCUAAUGUGAUCAAUAGUGCUACAGAUACAGAAGAAGUUCAUAUAAUGCUUGAUGGUCUGUUGCCUCCUGACACAUAUUUCAGAUUCAAUCCUGUCAUGUGUGAAAACAUACCUCUAGAUGAAAGUCGAAAUGAAAAGCUGGACCAGCUGCAACUGGAAGGAUUGAAGUACAUAGAAAGAAACGAACAAAAGAUGAAAAAGGUUGCAAAAAUAUUAAGUCAAGAAAAAACAACUCUGCAGAAAAUCAAUGAUUGGAUAAAGUUAAAAACAGACAUGUAUGAAGGCCUUCCAUUCUUUUCAAAGUUGUGAUGAGUGUAUGUCUGUGUUCUCAUAAAUGGAGGCCUGCUCAGAAGAACCACCAAACUCAGUAGGGAACUGUGGCAUUCAAAAUGAGUGAAUUUUGGAAUACUUAACGAAUUCUGGGGAAUCCUGAAAGAUGGUGCUUAGACCAGCUCUCACAGCAUAGAUGAUGUGUUUGGUUAUGGAAUUCAUAUGGGAAUUGGGCUUUUAAGAUGGUCAUAAGCUUUAGGCAUUUUAUUAUUGUGAUAGUUUUAGUAUAUAUUGAUCUUAAAUCGUUUGAUGUUUGAAAGUUUGUUAAUAUAUGUGCCAAACAAGAAGUGGAAAAUAAACUUUGUGCUUUUGCCUCUAGUCAUCACAAUCAUGUUGAAUUUAUGUGCUCAUUGGUUUUCUUUCAUGUGGAAAAGCUAGUUUCUUUUUACAUUUACACUAAGCGUUUUUUUCUAGCUGCAUCCUACACUCCACGUGCGACCUUUUACUGUAAAAAAUAUCUAGAUGCAGAAAAUGAAAUUUUCUUUAUUAAAAUACAUUUACAUUUCAAAUAUAUGAAAGAACCUGUUACAGUUUUCUAUUCAGAAAGAUGGGUGAACAUCCAAUGAACUAUCUUUUCCUCUUGAAAUUUCAAGAUAAUGCUGUGUUAACUUUUCUAGCUCUAACUAGCUUAUCAUUCACUGUUACAAAAUCAGUUGUUUGAAUUACUGAGAAAACAUUCUUAACAAAAAUAAACUAUUAAGAUCAGUUGUUCAA